AUGUCAUUCCAACAAUUCGGAGAUCUUCUACAAAUCCCGAGCGUGGAUGCUAAGUGGUCAUCCGACUAUAAUAACUACCAUUAUGUCGAAAAGCAACACGCGACUAGUUUCAGUGUUGUUGACGACAACGCGUACUUGGACAAUCUAGAUGAUAGCAUAAUGAGCCUGCAGCCAAUGCAGCGUUUCAUGUUCGACGCAUCUCCACAGUCUUUUGGCCUACUGCACGCGAACAUUCCUUUACAUAGUCAGCACUCCAAACCAUUCACUCAGCAGUGGCCCGCAAGCGAGGUCUAUCGCAACACAUCACCGGAUCGCACCUCCAUCUCCGGAACCUCGAGCUAUACAUCUCAAAUUGAUUUUCCUUUACCACGUGCCUACCACACCACAUCCUAUGGCAAUCCUACAGAUUUUUUCCACCCCUCGCAGCCAUAUCACAACUGUGAGCAGUUCAGCGACGUCACAUACACGUCAGGUUCCAGCAUUAAUCCGAAGGAGGUCGAGUACACCCACCAAGAGCCCGAACCUACGAUUGAAGAAGCCGACAUAGACAUCAAGCAGGAGGCUACCGUCGAACCAGAAGAGGGCUCGAUAAAGUGUGAGAUCGCCCCCGACACUAGUUACAGGGAGUACACAGACUCUGGUAUUGGUAAUUCAGUUCGAGAUGCAGAGUCAGUUCAGCCAGUCGGUUUCAAGAAUGAGUCAGAUACAGACUCGGAAUACAGCCCCACCAGUCGAGGCGGCAAGAGAAGAAAGUCUGCACAGCAUGUUACUCGGGGAACCAGACGACGCAGCGGCGCUUGCAAAGACUCGGCAGUGGGCAGCCCAACCCAGAACAAAACCGGCCGAAAGCCACGAGCUGCUUCCAACGUCAACGUACGAAGCUGUCAGGAUGACCGUCGCUCCUUUCCCUGCCCUCUCGCAGCUUACAGCUGCUCAUCAAAAUUCUCUUCCAAGAACGAAUGGAAGCGUCACGUCAGCACCCAGCACAUCAAGCUGGGCUUUUGGCGCUGCGAUCUCUGCGCGCCAACCACCGACCCCAACGAUGCCUCUGUGCUUUACUACAACGACUUCAACCGCAAGGACCUCUUCACUCAACAUCUCCGCCGCAUGCACACCGAACAGGGCUCUGGUGCUCGCCACAUGAAAGAGCGCCUGGUGAAUGAGGAUGAAAUCCAAGAGUACCAGACGCGCUGUUACUUGCAGCUUCGCUGUGCUCCUCAGCAAUCCAUCUGUCCAGUCAAUGGCUGCGACCAUGCGUUCUUUGGCCCAACGAGUUGGGAAGAGCGCAUGGAGCACGUUGGACACCACAUGGAGAAGGAUAAGAAGAACGGCGCAGACAUUUUUGAUGUCGCGAGCUGGAAAGCUGAUAUUGCUCUCGAGAAGUACCUCAUGAACGAAGACUUGAUAGUUUGGGAGCAAGACACAUGGAAGAUUGGCGGCGGAAAGCCGCGAAGGACGGACAGCGAGUCCAGUGACGACGAGUACAACUAG